AUGUCGAACCAAGCUCAAGACCAACCCGAGCGUCGCGAUUCCUCGUCCGAGAACAGCUCGCCGUUCAAGGAUGACGAGGUUGCAGCUGACCAGUCCGUUUCUGCUCACGGGAACACCUCGUUGAACAAGAAAGAUCGAGUGAGCGCUGUGCGUGAUGCUGACGCUUCGAGCGCACGUGAGGGCCAACAGCCUGGUGUUACACGUAUCGAAGCGCUCUACCGCAUCUUUCCACGCAACAGUCCGAUUGUGUACACCGUCUAUGCGAGCUUGGCCGCAGUUACCAUCUGCUUUGCUUUGGACCAGUCGACCACUGCCGCUUACCAGCUGUACGCCACCAGAACUCUGGGUAGCCAUGCAAAGCUUUUCGGUGUUAUUGCAACGGUCGAAGCCAUCCUCAACGCAGUAUCCAAGCCUUUCAUUGCUAAGAUCUGCGAUAUUUUCUCGCGUCAGACUGCCUACUUUUUGGUUGCCGUUUUCUACACGAUUGGCUUUGUUGUCGUCGCUUCGGCCCAGACACCCGCUGCCUUCGCUGUGGGACGUAUCAUCACCGAAGUUGGCCAGGCAGGUUUCGACUUGGUGACCGACAUUGUCGUCGCUGACUUGAGCCCUCUCGAGUGGCGAGGUGUGGUGACGGCAUUGACCUCGUCACCCUUCAUUGUUCUUCCUUGGGUCGGCAACUUGAUUCAAGCCCGACUCAACACGGGUCGUCCUGAAGGCUGGCGAUGGGGGUAUGGCAUGUUUGCCAUCAUGGCGCCGGUCUGCGUUGCGCCCAUCAUCCUGGUGCUCAUGUACGUCGAUCGCAAAGCUCAAAAGGCUGGCGAGCUGUCGUUUGCUUCCAGUCGCCUCGAGACGCGACGUGCGCAGGAGCAAGGAACCGUCAAGGUUCAACGAGACUCUCUGCGGGACCGUUUCGCCAACCUGGUCCAGCUCUGCAAAGAGAUGGACCUCGUUGGACUUUUCCUGCUUGCAUUGUCGUUCUCCCUGCUCCUCGUUCCCUUCAGCAUCUACAAGGAUGCCGACAAGCAGUGGCGUAACCCUUCAAUCAUCGCCAUGUUUGUCUGCGGCGGUGUGAUUCUUGGCAUGUUCCUUGCUUGGGAGAUCCUGCUCGCCAGCCACCCGGUGAUGAACAAGCGAGUGUGGUACAACCGAACUUUCCUGCUCGCUGUCACUAUCGACAUCUUCUACUUUAUGGGAGGUAACGCACGAUCUACCUACUACGGCUCGUUUGUGCUCGUCGGUACCAAUCUGUCAACCGCAAACUGGGGCUAUGUCGUCAACGCGCUCGCAACGUGUGCACUCUCGGUGUUCGGUCUUGCAGCAGGCUUCUAUCUGCGCAUCUUCCACCGCUACAAGUUCCUCCAGAUCGGUGGUCUGGUGAUCCGAAUUGUCGCUAUGGGACUGUACUUGUAUGGUCGUAACGGCAACCUCACCACCAUGGUGGUUGCGUGGUCACAGAUCCUCAACUCUCUAGGCGGUGCAUGCUCAGUCGUCGGCACUCGUGUCGCUUCGCAGGCCUCGGUACCGCAUCAGGAUCUGGCCUCGAUCAUCUCUCAGCUGGCUCUAUGGACUCGUCUUGGCGGUGCUAUCGGUUCUGCCAUCGCCGCAGGUAUCUGGACGGGCACGCUCCCAGACUACCUUGCAGCUACCAACCUGACGCCGGCCCAACAGAGCAGGGCUUACAACAGUCCUACUACUAUCAAGACAUCGUAUCCCUGGAACACGCCACUUCGCAACCAGAUCAAUCAAGCUUUCAGCAAGACGAUGAAGCCCAUCUUUAUCGUUGCUCUUGUUCUGGCCUUCAUCCCGCUUUUUGCCGGUCUGCUGAUGCCCAACUACUACCUCGGAAAGACGCAGAACGCGGUCGACGGCACCGACAACUCGGGACGAGUCAUUGAGAGUGCCGAGGACAACCCAAAUGCCGAAAUCAACCGGAAGAAUGUCAAGUAUGCGAAGGGUACCAGGCUCUCUUGGCUCUGGUAA